AUGGAAGGAACCUUGGCUUGGAUCAUUGCUGCCUGUGUCAUUGUGCCGAUUAUUCUCAUCGCUGUUGUGCUGUGGUUGAGAUUUAAAAAGAGGAGCAAAGCUCAUGGAUCAUUUAUAAUAAGAGACAUUGAGGCUCCUCCUAAGCUGAUAGAUGGAGAGGAAGCCACCCUGCACUGUACAGUGGACAACGACCCUGAGGACCUGUGUGUGACCUGGUGGAUAAGAAGAUCUGGACAGGAACAGGAGAUCCAGACGUCUCAGAUGAGAGGACAUUCAGAAGAAGAAGAGGGUUUACUGGAUACGUCCUAUGUGAUCAGAUCCCAACGUGAUGGACAUCAGUACAAAGCAUCACUGAGCUUCAUACCCCAUAUAGAGAGACAUAGAGAUGUCACCUUCAUCUGUAGAGGAGUCUACGGUCAACAUCAGAAGGAGAAGACGUUUCACUGUAAGACUGUUUAUGGAAAGCCCAAGCUGUCACAACCAGUAAUAAGAAGUCUAUUGGAAUCUGGAGAGGUUAAAUAUUUGAUCAACUUGGAGAAAUUUUGGCCUAAAAGCAUUAAGAUUAUAUGGAGGUGUGGAGUAGAAAAAACAGAAGAAAUCCUCUCAUCCACUGAAUCAUUAUCAGAUAAUCCUGACACAACCUACAACAUCUCCAGUGAGGUCAGGAUUCCUGAGGAUCGUCACAAGGAUCCAGGAUUCAGAGUACAGGUGACCUGGGAGCAUAAAUCUAUGGACAAACCAGAAUCCAGAGAGCUGUCCAUCAGAGAUCCAGAUUACAGAUGGACUCCAGUUGUAGAAGAGAUUAAGUUUCCCCGUCUAUUUCACGGCUCCGCGACCACACUGCAGUGUAAUAUCUCCGAAUACUUCCCGGACGCAGUCACUGUGAAAUGGCUUCUAUCUCCUCAAAACAGUGCGGAGUUAUAUGAAGAGAUUAACACUGCUAAUAACCAGAGAAUAAUAUCCAGGAGAGAAUCUGAUAACACCUACAGCUAUACAACCAGUCUGACCAUCACCCCCACACGGGGAAAACAUCAGGGGGCAGUAUAUAUAUGUCUGGUGGACCAUCCCUCCCUGGAGAAACCCAUAGAGAGAAGAACAGGGGGGCUACAAGUCUAUGCUAAACCCCAAAUGUUGGUGCCCAUAGAGAUCACUAUGGCAGAAUCAUCUCGUGUUCAGUUCUCUCUGAAUCUACAGAAGUUUUACCCUAAAGAUAUAACAAUCUCCUGGCACUGGGAAAAAACAAAUGGUAAAUAUCAAUUAUCAGCUGAGGAAAGAGUCAGUACUCAGGACGGUCAUCUCACAUAUGAUGUCACCAGUGUUGUCCAGACUCCUGAUCAUUUAUUUAAGGAUCCACAAAUGAAAAUCAUUGUGGUGUGGAAACACGUAUCUAUGGAGAUACCAGAGAUAAGAUCACUAAGUAUGAAAGAUCUGCCCUGGCAUCCACAUGUUGGAUCUAUCAAUGUCCCCAAAAUGGAAGAUGAGAAAAAAGCCACAAUGACCUGUGAUAUAGCCAAGAAUUCUGAUCCUCUAUCUACAAGCUGGUUCAAUAAGAAUGAUGGAAACCUGACGGCUCUGCCCAUAGAAUCAUCAAAGACGGAGAGGACUUACAGGAUCUCACAGAAGGAGAAGAGACAGAAAGAUAACACUUAUUCCUGUGAAGCUUCAUUGACUUUUACCCCAAUAAUAAGUUCAGACCAAGUAUCAGAAAUCAUCUGUGGAGUGGAACAUCCCAGCCUGGAGGGUCCUAUAGAGAGGAGCAGCGGACACCUACACAUAGAUCGGUCUGAUGUGGAGAUUGGAGAAAUAAAAAUCCCAAAACUGAUAAAGGGUGAAAAUGCCAGGAUGGAGUGUCCAAUAUAUCAUUAUAAUCCUGGCAAACACACUGUUACAUGGUUUCAAAAGAAGAUGGAUGUAGAUAAACCAAUAGCUAUACAGAAUGAACAUCGGAGGCGUGUGACCACAAAUAGAGAUCAGGCAUCAGAUGACCAGAACACAUAUAAAUCCUGCAUAGAGCUCAUCCCAGUGUCAGAAGAAGACAAUGGAACAAGUUAUAUCUGCAGAGUGGAAGGUUCAAACUCUGGGCAGACGAAAGAGAAGAGUACAAGAUGGCUAAAGGUGUAUUCAUGCUAAUUAUAUGCCCCAAAAAUGAAUCACUAUGUUGAAUAGAAUAAUAUAAUAGCAUGAUGUCGGCCAUGUUGUUUGUUCUAAAUAGACCACAGUGUAUUCUAAAGUCCUUCUCUACAAAUGUGCCAGUCUGGAAGAAGAAUAUUGUUGUCUAUUUAGAUAUUUAUGGCUGUUUAGAUAAGACCUGGUGGAAAGGUCUCAAGUAUAGACUUUGAUAAUGAGUCUCUGUACAGGGCUAGUACUAAUGCAUUCUGGGUAUUAUAGUGAUGUCAUAGUCAUUACAAUAUGUACACACCCAACCUACAUUCAUUGGGGAAUUCCAAUUUAGGAGAGUGUGUCUAACUAAUUAAAAAGUCUGGUAAACCAGAUGUUAGAAACUGUGGACUGGAGAAGACUUAGACAAAGACAAACAGGUCUUCCACUGAAAGAGGUCCACAAGAUGGAAGCCAUGAAAGCCAUGUGAGAUCCCAGUAAGCCGGACUGAUCACACGGUACCAGACAAUGGCUAUCCAUGACGAUGAGAUGGACCGUUCAGUGUUCCUAGGACCAGAAGCAAGGUUCUUACAUAGACUUGGUAAGAGACACAAAAAUGGUAUUCCAUUUAAUUAAGACUAAUUGGGAUAAAGUGGAUGGAAUUAUACCAUUUAGAUUGGCGAAUAUUGAGAUUAUAGUUUUAUGAUAUUGUUAGACUUCAUUCUACCUGCAGAAUAAUCUAUCAAAGCAUUAAAUAAUUGCUUAGACAUUGAUAGAAUUCCUACUCGCCAAUCUAAGUGUUAUAAGUGUAUUUCCCACACAGGAAACGUCCUCCUAAAAUAUAGAGCAAGAUCAUAUAUCUCUGCUAUCAGUCUUAAAGUCUUACCAAAGUCAUAUAUAGAAAAUAGUCCAGAAUGGGGCGGAAGUAUAUAAAAUUUCUUCCAUGUUUAUAUCCAAGAUGGAUGUGCCCAUUCUUGGAAUCAUGUGAUAUGUAGUUGGUUAGAAGGGGGCGGAGUGUAUUUAGCAUUUCUUAUUGAUAUGUCUAUAAUUAGAUAUUGCCCAUCUUAAUAUCAUGAGAUUCCUCUGGAUAGAGUGAUAUGUAACCUUUUUAUUCUAUGA